AUGAUGGACUACGCCAUUCCGCGGGCGCACCUGGUGCCCGACAUUGAAGUGCAUUCGACCGUUACGCCGUCGCCGCACAACCCGUUGGGCGUGAAGGGCAUCGGCGAGACAGGAACCAUUGCCUCUACGGCUGCCAUUUACAGCGCCGUCAUGGACGCUCUGAAACCGCUGGGCGUUACCCAGCUGGACAUGCCGCUGACACCCGAAAAGGUGUGGCGGGCCAUCCAGGAGGGCGGCCACGGGAACGGUCACGGCCAUGGGCAUGACCACGGUCAUGGACACAACCACUAA